UGGGACGGCCUUGGGAGAGACCCGGGCCGCCUCCGGAGCUUCAAAAACCUGCCAGGAGGGGAAGAGCCUGCAGAAGGAGCCUCUGCCGCCACUGUGUGAACUCCGCACCCCUGCCGUGCCCGCCCGCCCGCCGGCAUGUCCUCCAAUCACUUCAACCGGGGACCCGCCUAUGGGCUCUCAGCCGAGGUCAAGAACAAGCUGGCCCAGAAGUACGACCACCGACGAGAGCAGGAGCUGAGAGAGUGGAUUGAGGGCGUGACGGGGCGCCGCAUCGGGAACAACUUCAUGGACGGCCUCAAGGACGGCAUCAUCUUGUGCGAGUUCAUUAACAAGCUCCAGCCGGGCUCUGUGAAGAAGGUCAAUGAGUCUUCGCAGAACUGGCACCAGCUGGAGAACAUUGGCAACUUCAUCAAGGCCGUCACCAAGUACGGGGUGAAGCCCCACGACAUCUUUGAGGCCAACGACUUGUUCGAGAACACCAACCACACGCAGGUGCAAUCCACCCUCCUGGCGCUGGCCAGCAUGGCCAAGACCAAAGGCAACAAUGUGAACGUGGGGGUCAAAUACGCCGAGAAGCAGGAGCGCAAGUUUGAACCGGAGAAGCUGCGGGAGGGACGGAAUAUCAUCGGGCUGCAGAUGGGCACCAACAAGUUUGCCAGCCAGCAGGGUAUGACGGCCUACGGCACCCGGCGCCAUCUCUACGACCCCAAACUGGGCACAGACCAGCCCCUGGACCAGGCCACCAUCAGCCUGCAGAUGGGUACAAACAAGGGAGCCAGCCAGGCCGGCAUGACCGCCCCCGGCACCAAGCGGCAGAUCUUCGAGCCGUCGCUGGGCAUGGAGCACUGUGACACCCUCAACGUGAGUCUGCAGAUGGGCAGCAACAAGGGCGCGUCGCAGCGUGGCAUGACGGUCUACGGGCUGCCUCGCCAGGUCUACGACCCCAAGUACUGCCUCACGCCCGAGUACCCAGAGCUGGAGCCCGCCCACAACCACCACCCGCACAAUUACUACAACUCGGCCUAGGGGCGCCCCCUGCAGCCCUACCUCUUCCCCAGGCCGCCUGCUGCCCGCGGCCCUGCCAGCCCCUCGCCCUGCAUGAGUCCUGACCCACUCACCCCCUCCCUCCCACCCCUGCCUUGGCGCCAGCCUACAGGGUUGAGUUUGAAGAGAAGCAGGCUGCGGGGUGGGGGUGGGGGAGAAAGAUGACCAGUCCGGGAAGG